CCGCGCAUGCGCGGCGGUCCGGCCGUACGCCGGGCGUGCGUCAAGAUGGCCGCCUCCUUGCGGCACACGCUGCAGAGGCGGCUUCCUACCCUCUUAAGAAGUUCCUACGGAGUUCAGGUCCCCCUCCAGACUCUUUGCACCAAAGGUGGUCCUGACGAAGAUUCUCCAUCCUCACUUCCCAUCUCCCCUUACGAAAACGAGCCUUGGAAGUAUCUGGAUUCAGAAGAAUACCAGAACCGGUAUGGUUCUCGCCCUGUUUGGGCUGACUACCGCCGCAACCACAAAGGUGGUGUGCCACCACAGCGGACCCGAAAGACAUGUAUUCGGAAGGAUAAAAUAGCUGGAAACCCAUGCCCCAUCUGCCGCGACCACAAGCUGCACGUUGACUUUAGGAAUGUGAAGCUCUUGGAGCAGUUUGUGUGUGCCCACACGGGGGUCAUCUUCCACGCCCCGUACACAGGAGUCUGCAUGAAGCAGCACAAGAGGCUGACCCAGGCCAUCCAGAAAGCCCGGGAGAGUGGUCUCCUCAGCUACUACGUUCCCCAGGUUGAGCCCCGAGAUGCUGACUUGAGUACCGUGCAUGGAGCUGUCAGUGUUACUCCACCGCCCCCCACCUUGUUGUCGGGUGAGCCGUGGUACCCGUGGUACCGCUGGCAACAGCCACCGGAGAGAGAGCUGUCCCGCCUUCGCCGGCUCUACCAAGGAAAUCUCCUAGAAGAAAGUGGACCCCCACCUGAGUCAAUGCCUGAGGUGCCCACUCCACCAGCUGAGGCUUCCACUGAGCAGACCGGCUCCCAUAGUGCUUAGAACUUGUGACCUGGGGAAGAAGUCAGAGGUUAAGGGUUGGGUGAUGGCACGUGUGCUGUGGCAGUGGCCGACU